CACUCUGGAGUUUGGUGGGAGGCAGACACUGUUGGUCCUUCUUUGUGCAGAAGAGGCAAGAUGAGAUCUGCGUUGGACUUGGGGGUCCUGCUUGUGACAAUGGCAGGCCUGGGGGGCUUCCCUCCCCAGGUGCAGAGCGCAGGGCCAAGAGAGCACUUCGUCUACCAGGGGAGGUCCGGGUGUUUCUUCACCCCCCUCAACGGGACCCAGCGGGAGAUCCGCUACCUGGUCACCUACAUCUGGGGCCGGCAGGACUAUGUCCGCUUCGACAACCGCGUCGGGGAGUUCCAGGCCGUCAUGCCACUGGGAGAGCCUGACGCCCGACUCUGGAACAGCCAGAAGGACUUCCUGGAGAUCAAGCGGCACAAUGUUGACCGCUUCUGCCGGCACAACUACUAUAACGACAUCCCCUUCGUCCACGGCAGGAGUGUCCAGCCCCAGGUGACGAUCAUCCCCACAGAAUACGACCCCUCCUCCCUCAACACUUUGCUGGUUUGCUCCGUCACUGGCUUUUACCCUUCGGAGAUCGAAAUCAAGUGGCUGAGGAAUGGGAAGGAGGAAGGCAAAAGCAAAGUGGCCACCACCGACCUGAUGAGGAACGGGGACUGGACCUACCAGAUCCACGUCAUGCUGGAAACGCACUUGGAGCGCGGAGACCUCUACGCCUGCCAGGUGGAGCACUCCAGCUUAAAUGGCACCGUCAUCACCGUGCAGUGGGACCCACAAUCGGAUUCUGCCAGGAACAAGAUGUGGACGGGGGUCGUGGGGGUCGUGCUGGGGCUGGUCUUUUUCCUCCCGGGACUCGUCCUCUUCCUGAAGAAUAAGAAAGGGCGGGGCAUUCCACAACCUGCAGGACUUACCAGUUAGACUUCAUAGCUCCAGCCGGAUACCCCCAAGUGGAGAAGCAUUUGUGUUCUUCCUUGCCAAUGGACACCUUUUGUUGCUUGGCAGAUGCAAAAUUUGGAGGCAGCACAGGAAGAAGAGCAAAGGCCCGUCAGAUCUUCUUCUCAUCUACACCCCACCCUUCAAAAGCACCAUCACUUAUUUGCCUUUUAUUUCUCGGGGGUGGGGGGGUGUAGUUGUAUGUGAGGUGGAGAGAAACCACAUGACGCCUUUGCUGCAUUUCAUCUUGUCCUUUUGCCAGUAGAGACUUUUGCACAUGUCUGGUCCAGAUGGCCACAUCCUGCACUGAGCCUUUCUUGGGGAGUCUGGACUCUCCCUUCAGAGCAAUAGGAUCUUGUGGCCUUUUGAAGACUUCCUCCUGGGCUUUGAGAUGCCACCAGUUUCUCUGUUGGUUUUGCUGUAACAGAUUCACACAAAGGCCAUCUCUUGUGAGUUGUUCCUGGAGCUCGUUGGGAUUUGCUGAGGGCUGCCUUUCUUUCAGAUUCACAGGUAUAGAUUAUGGUUUUGAUAUUUAUUUUAGCCACUGUCCACUGCAACAGUCAUUAGAACAGUGUUGGGCACCACACCCUUUCACACAAGAAGCAAACCAAAACAUAAGUAAAUUAGGUCAGCACUCUGCCAGUUAACCCUCUCCUUACCUCAAGUGCAGUCACGGCCAUAACAAGGUUAGAGGGUCCUGUGUUCAAUAAUGGACAUUGGCCGCCCUUUUUCGCUGCGCCUCUGGUGCCACGGAAAUAUUUUACACUUUAUUACUUGUGGACGGCCACCACUACCCCCAACACAAAGGCCACCCUAUACAUACACACAGCAGCUCCUUGCCCCAUUCCCUUCUCCUCCUCCCUCUAGUUCAUUCGUCUGGCCACCCUCUCUUGCUGCCCUUCUUGCUCUUUCCGCCCCACUGGCCAGCCAGCUUAUACAACAAGAAGGGGCUGAGUGGCCUCUUUACUUGCUCAAGUGAGCAAAGAGGCCACUCCAGCCCUUACAGCUUUGCAAGCAGGCUGGCCAGAGGGGCAGCAGUGGGCAGCAAGGCAGGGGCAGCAAGACCCACGGCAGGCAGGGAGGCCAAAGCAGUGGUAGAUGAGUCUGAGAAUUAGCUCUAUGGGGAGGGGGAGCAGCAGUGGCAGUGGUGGUGGGAAGCGGCAGGCAGGAGGGGCAAGGAGGAGCAACAGAGUGUUCCGUCCGACUGACUGUGGGAAGCCCGUGUUCUUGGAAGAUGUCUGCCCGAUGAGAGUUAUGCCGCCGAUCCCAUAACAAUGGGCUAAAUGUAAUGAAAAGAUUUUUCUAAUAAACCACCUUCUUUGGAAAUCUCCCAGGAUCUGUUCUUGUCCCAGAUUGGCUGAUGUGAGGGGCGAGAGUGUUGAGGAGAGUCUUACGGGUCAGCCUUGGCUCUGUGGGUCCCGCUGUCUUUGUGUCCCGCACUCUCCCUUUCUCCCGGAUCCAAAGAUAAUUCAGUAGUUCACUGGGAAGUCUGCUCCUAGGCAGAUGCUAGAGGUCUGAAACUCCCUUUUCCUGGUUUGUUUAUCCCUGUAGGGCGGGUGGAGGUCAAUUCCCCAGUUGUCCCCAUAGACACUGAUGAUUCUGGUUCCAGGGACAGAAUCCUUCCCCCACCUGCUAGCUUUAGUUGCUUGGUAAGAAAUCAGUUAAAUAUAUUGCACAUUUCAGUGACUUCUUUGAUCAUUGCAAUCCUCUUACAUUGCCCAGUUUAAAUACAGCAAAAAACUCAUUUAAAUACAGCAAAAAAUUGCACUGCACAGCCUUGAUGUGAGAUUAUUUCUUCUGAAUCGUAUCAAUAAAGUUUUUUUCCCCA